AUGAUUGACAAUCAGGAAGCAGUCAAAGUUAUCGACGCCAAUCGUGGCGAUGGCGUAAUCAUCGCCACCAUGAACGCCAACAACGUCCGGUUCGGGCUGCCAACGGUUACCACCCAGGAACAGCUUGAUAUGCCGGUGUCGGGAGCCAUGGGCAAGGCCGCCAACGUCGGCUUGGGCCUGGCGCUGGCGCAACCUAAUCGCAAGGUGAUCGUGCUGGACGGCGACGGCAGCUUGCUCAUGAAUUUGGGCGCAAUGGUCACCCUCGCCAACAAGACCCCGAAAAACCUCUGCCACAUGGUGUUCGACAACGGGGUCUAUGCAGUGACCGGUGGACAGCCCGUGCCGGGAUCAGGCAAGGCUGACUGGGAAGGGCUGGCCAAGGCCGCCGGCUAUGCGGCCACCUUCUCCUUCGAUAACCUGGAAGACCUGACCACGGGCAUCGCAGAGGCCAUGGCGGCCACCGGCCCCGUCUUCGUGCAUCUGCAGGUAACCCCGCAGAUCGAAAACACCCCCGUGCAAUUCCGGCAACGGGGCCGCCGAAGUAUGCAGACGGCCAUAGACGAACUGCCGGAGAUCUUUGCCAAGGCCUAG